AAUGUCGUCCUGGAGCUGUGCGAGAAUAGCUUGCUGCCGGGAGAGAUUGUUCAUUCAUAUUUUUUUUAUAAUCAAAACAAAAUCACUGAGAUUUUCAAUUUCAGCUCCAUUUUUUUCACAGUAACGAUGUAUAAAGCUGGAAAACGGUUGAUAAGAGGCUUAUCGACUCACACAUCUCAUCGUCCUCUACGUGUCUGCGUAGUCGGCAGUGGACCAGCUGGUUUCUACACAGCUGAAAAAAUGCUUAAAGCUCAUCAAGAAGCAGAAAUUGACAUCAUUGAUCGAUUGCCUACUCCUUUCGGAUUAGUGCGGUCCGGCGUUGCACCUGAUCAUCCCGAAACGAAGAUUGUAAUAAAUCAAUUUUCGAGGAUUGUGCAACACGAACGCUGCUCGUUUCUUGGGAAUGUCACUCUCGGUUCCUCUAUUUCUCUUCCUGAGCUUCGUGAGCUGUAUCACGUGGUUGUGCUUGCAUAUGGUGCCGAAAGUGAUAGAGCUCUUGGAAUACCUGGCGAAGAUUUGUUGGGGAUACACUCAGCUAGAGAAUUUGUUUGGUGGUACAACGGGCACCCGGAUUGCAAAAACCUUAAUCCUGAUUUGAAAGGCACUGAUACAGCCGUUAUUCUUGGUCAGGGAAAUGUAGCUCUUGAUGUUGCUCGUAUCCUUUUACAACCAACUGCGGAAUUGGCAAGAACUGAUAUUGCUUGCCAUGCUUUGGCUGCUUUGGAACAAAGCUCUAUAAGGAAGGUCUAUCUAGUCGGAAGACGUGGACCAAUUCAGGCGGCUUUCACUACAAAAGAGCUGCGCGAAGUUCUUGGCAUUACAGAUAUACAUAUUCACAUUAAGGAGGCUGAUUUACGUAAAAGCUCUGAAGACGAGGAAGAAUUGAAAGGCAGCCGAAUCCGGAGGAGGCUUUAUGAUUUGCUCUCAAAGACUGCCACCGUAGGACCUUCUCAUCCCAGUUCUGGCCAGCGAGAACUUCACUUUGUUUUCUUUAGGAAACCUGAUAGGUUUCUUGAUUCAGGUGUUAGAGCUGGCCAUGUUGCUGGUGUGCACUUUGAGAAGACUUUUCUUAAAGGUGUUAGCCCUGGAAAACAAGUUGCUUUAGGUACUGGAAAUUUUGAGGACAUUGACUCUGGGAUGGUGUUAAAGAGCAUUGGUUACAAAUCAGUGCCAGUUGAUGGCUUACCCUUUGAUCAUCAGAAAGGUGUGGUUCCCAAUAUUGGUGGUCGAGUUCUCACAGAUGCUUCAGGAGAUCCAAUACUGCAUGAGAAGGGCCUGUAUGUAUGUGGGUGGUUGAAAAGAGGACCAACUGGGAUUAUUGGUACAAACCUCUAUUGUGCCGAAGAAACUGUUGCUAGCAUAUCACAAGACCUUGAACAAGGAGCACUUGCAGCUAAUGCUAAUUUGCCAAAGCAUGGAAGAGAGGGUCUCCUGCAGUUACUUAAUGAAAGACAUGUAAAAUUUGUACCAUUCAGCGGAUGGAAAAAGAUUGAUGCUGAAGAGAAGAGGCUUGGAAGUCUGAUAAACAAACCUAGAGAGAAAUUAGCAUCAUGGAAAGACUUGCUGAAAGUUGUUGCUGAAUGACACACCCUCUUCAAAUCCUAGCGUGGUGGUGGGGACUUUGCAUGAAGGAGAAGAAUGAAGUAGUGGUAUCAAGUCAGCAUCUUUUUCACAUCCUGUCAGGUCUCCAUGUUCUUUUCACCAAUUUUCAUCUGUUGGAUCUUUGAUCACAAAGCAUGCCUCAUAAGUUAGCACCAUAUUAUGUACCCAUAAAAAUUGCAAUUUUCCCCUUCCCUUAUUUGAUAGCAUUUGCAACCACUAACUUAUUUUUAAGAUCAAAAGUGUUGUUGACAAAUAGGUCAUUAGCUAGAUUAGCAGUAGGAUAUGGACAGGGUCAAAUUCCACCAUGCUUUCAAUUUUGAAGCCUUGAGAGAAUUUUGAUUUUUUUUACUUCCUUCCUGGAAGUGCUUGAGCUUAUAAUGAGGGUCUAUGUCAUUUAUUGCUCCA